CUAAGACAUGCAACCUGAUUGGUCCAACCUUUAUUUGGUUAAAUUAUUUUCAGUGGGUUUUCAACUUGCUUGUGGGAUUUCUACGUCAAUCUAUACAAUCAUUUAUAUGAAUGAGCACAUUAUGAACCUUGUAGCGCAGACACUACGAUGAUUCCUGAUGUAAAUUUGCUAAAAAAGAUGAAAAUAUCAAUUUAAGCAUCAGACUAGAAAACCAAUCAAAUCAGUUUUAACAAUCCGGUUUUGGCCAAGGUUAGUGACGCAUGCGCAUAACUACUUCCUUUUUCCUGGCGGAUUUCAGUGGCCACAUCACAAAAUUAUUUUGCAGAAAAAAUGGGAUUGCGACGACCAAAUAAGCAGAAAAACCCACCGGUUUUCAGCCAUGAGUUUGUCAUACAGAACCAUGCAGAUAUUGUGUCAUGCGUGGCGAUGGUGUUCGUCGUUGGACUAAUGUUUCAGGCGACAAACCCAGUGGCAUCUUUGUUCGUCACCAUGGGCCAUAACAUCACCCAAAAUGAAACUGAGGGAGCAACCCAGCCAGAAGAUAUCUUGUAUACCAACGGCCUCAAGGAUCUAUUUUCCAUCUUCUUCUAUAUGCUCAUCUGUGUUGUUGUUCAUGCCGUCAUUCAGGAGUACAUCCUUGACAAAGUGAACCGCAAGAUGCAUCUCUCCAAGGUGAAACACAGCAAGUUCAAUGAGUCUGGCCAGUUGGUAGCUUUCUACCUGACCUCCGCUGUAUGGGGAGCUAACAUCAUCCUUCAGGAGAACUACUUACCCAACAUCAGUACUCUGUGGGAGGGCUAUCCUCACUCAACUAUGGUAUUCAUGAUCAAGUUCUACUUCAUCAUCCAACUCUCCUAUUGGACACAUUGUGUACCAGAACUCUACUUUCAAAAAGUUAAAAAGGAAGAGAUGUCUGGUAGACUCCAAUAUACCCUGCUGUCCUUUGUAUUUAUAGCAGGAGCUUACUCACUCAAUUUCACACGGGUUGCCUUAUGCCUAUUGGUGCUUCACUACACUGUAGAGCUGCUGUUCCACUUAUCAAGGCUUCUCUACUUUGCUGACAAACCAGACCUGGCUAAUACAGGAUUCAUGAUCUGGAACAUACUUUUUGUACUUGUAAGAUUAGUCAGCACAACAAUUGCUGUUUUAACUUUCUGGUUUGGACUAGAACAGAGUAGCCAAUCUUCAAUAAAUUUUACUGAAGGCAACUUCAACACACAAAUAGUCAGAAUAAAUUGCCUAGCUGCCUUAUGCCUGGUGCAGGCGUGGAUGAUGUGGAAUUUCUUAACCUUCCAAUUCCGUCGCCGACGUGAACGCUCUUCCCCACCAAGAAAACAAGUAUUCGCAGCACAAAAAACCAAAGUUAAAGAUACUAAGAAAAAAGGUAAAUAUGAAGAAGGCAGCGGAGAUGAAGCCCAAGAAUCCACCGAGAAUGGUUCAGUAAGACAGAGAACCCCCAAGGCCAAGAGAAACUGAGAAUACAUCAUGAUUUGGCAGCUUGAACUAAAAGUCUUAUAUCAGAAACACAGUAAAAGAGUUCGUACAAUAAUAUAGCUUGAAAGGAUGGAAAAUCUGUUAGGAAUCACCACUCUAAUAUAACUUUACUGUUGACAAGAGAUUCCAUUUGUCUCAUUUUAGUCAUGAAGUUAUAUCUUAUUUGUCAUUUAGAUACUCCUUAAUUGUCAAUAAGAUAUCUUAUUUUCUAAGAUGUAUUUUGUUUGUCAUUUGGUAUAUCUUUCUGUUAAUAAGGUAACCGUUGUUUGUCAAAAAGGUAUCUGUGUCAUAAUAGUUAUAGGACUAAUAAAAUAACAAGUCGCUAAACUAUAUCUAAUACAGUAAUUUUAUUUUUCAAUUCAUGCUUUCUCUAAUAUUAGGGAUCUAGGGAUCUUAUUAAAUGAUGAUAGUUACAGCACG